AUGGCAACCCAGCCGGCAAACCCGCCCUGUGUCAGUGCCCCCUCGCACCCUCGACUUCUCGGGACUAUCCCACGUCUGGACUCUCUUCCCAUGUUUCCCCCUUCCCCCCUUAUUAUUUCUCUCCUCCUCCCUCUCCCAUCCUCCCCUCCCUUCUCUCAAUCACGCACGCCCCUCCUCCGCUCCCCCCUUCCCGCCUCUCUCCCGCUCCAGUCCUUCCGCACCUACUGUGCACCACACGCAACCCCUCCCUUUCCGCCUCUCCCGGCUUUCCCCCUCCUCCUCUCCACACCAGUCCUGCACGGGGGGCCAGGCGCGGGGUUCCUGCACGGGGGGCCAGGCGCGGGGUGUUGGCCCAACCACGCGCGGUUCUUCGAUCCGGCAGCGUACCGCAUCGUGCUGUGCGACCAGCGGGGGGCAGGCAAAUCCACUCCUGCGGGGUGCGUGGUGGAGAACCGCACGGACCUGCUGGUGGGGGACAUAGAGGCGAUAAGAGAGCACCUCAAGGUGGACAGGUGGGCGGUGGUGCUGGGCGGCAGCUGGGGCACAACGUUAGCGCUGGCAUACGCGCAGGCGCACCCGGGGAGGGUGGCAGGCAUGGUGCUGCGGGGGGUGUGUCUGCUGCGGCGCCGAGAGAUUGACUGGUUCUACCGCCCGGGCGGGGCAGAGGCACUCUUCCCAUUCGCGUGGCGGGACCUCAUGGUCGCGCUGCCCGCCCCUGCUUUAACACACACGGAAGGCGACGCGGAUGAUGGCGGUGGGAGUGGAGAUGGGAAUGGAACCGGGGAUCGGAGUGUGGUGGCUGCGUUCUACGAGAGGCUUAUGAGCACCGAUGCAGCCGCCAGAGACAGUGCUGCGAGGGCAUGGAUGCGGUGGGAGAUGUCGCUCAGCCACUUCCCCAGCGCCUCCGCCCCCGCUGCCCUGCUCGCCUGGGAUGGCUCCGCCUACUCCUUCCCCCCCUCACCCCUCUCCCCUCCCCCUCCGCCCUCCCCUUCAUCUCCGCCCUCGUCAGCACCCCCGUCCUCCUCCUCGUCCCCAGCCUCCCCCUCUGGUUCUGAUCCUCCUCUGGAAACCACAGCAGCACCAUCAGCGGCAGCGGCAGCACCAGCCCCACCAGCAUCAGCACCAGAAGCAGCAGGCGCAGAACCAGCACCAGCACCAACAGCACACGCACCUGCACACACAGUAGCAGCAGCAGAGAAGAGAGAGGGGGAGUCAGAGGAUGGGAAGGAGAGGAGGGAGGAUAUGAGCGAUGCAGCAGGGAAGGACUUGAUGGGAGGGCCGCACAUAUUGGGAUCAGUGGCGCAGGCACGCAUUGAGUGCCACUACUUCCAUCAUGAUGGCUUCCUGACCGAGAACCAGCUGCUAUGCAACAUCGAUGCCAUCCGGCACAUCCCCACCGUCAUUGUGCACGGCCGAUAUGACUUUGUCUGCCCCCUCGUUGCACCAUUGGCGCCGCAAGCGACAGUCGCGUCACUGGAAGCUGCGCUUCCAUCUCCAAUUUCUACCGCUAAGUCGGCGCGUGAGCGCGCAUCGCUCCCCAUGGGGUCCGAUCCAGAUUUGGAGGCCGGCAAGGCUGCGACGGCCGUUGCGCCUCGCCGUCCGCUCAAGCUGCGCCUCAAGGUAGGCGGCGUGGUCGUCGACGUCUCGCGCGCCGCUCCAAAUGCGCCGCGCGGGGAGAGCGAGGGGUGCGGGGGGAGUAGUGCUGACAGCGGGAGCAGCCGCGAGGAGCGUAUCAAAUUCGAUGAGCACACUGAUCGUGAUGAGCGUGUGAAAUCCGACGACGCGGAUGUAACGGAUAUUCGUCGCAAUACGAAGGAGCAUAGACGCACUAGAAAGGAAGGUUCGCGGAACGAGGGAAGGAAGGAAGCGGAGGGCGGGUGGGAGAUGCAUACACCGCCGAUAGACGAUCGGCGGACGGGCGGGGAAGCGAGUGAGAGAUCAGAUGAGAUUAAGGAGAGGGGGGAGGAGCGGAAGAAGCGGGAGGAGCGGGAGGAAAGGGAAAGGCGGGAGAAGCGAAAGGAUGAGGCGGUUGGUUCGGGCGCGGAGAGCGGAAGGCGGUCGAAUACGUCUCCCGCGCGCUUGAAGGACGGGGCUGGUGCGGGGAAGCGGGAGUCGAGGGAGGGGAGGGAGGGCGAGCGCGGGCGGGCAGAGGCGAGCAAGCCUAAGGAGGUUGAGAUGGAGCGGGUCGACGAUGAUCGGACGGUGGAGCGCGCGUCGCGGAGGGACGGUUUGGACGAGCGCGGUCGGUUGCAGCAGGCGUUGGAGAAGGCGAGGAGGGUGCUGUCGCAGAGCAAGCAGGAAGCACGUUCGAGCCCCAAGGAAGCUUCCUCGUCGCCUGCCUCGUCGCCGUCCUCCCCAGCGACACCUGGAGUCGCCGCCACCGAACUCGCAUCGCCAUCCACACCGUCAACGCCGUCUGCGCCGCAGGUGGGCAGAGCCGCGAGCUUCAAGCGCCCCGCGCCGCUCCGCAGAGCAGCGCCUGUGCACGGGGACUCGCGGGGCGGGGAGAGCGCGGAGAGGGGUCGUGCGGAGGGCGAUCGCGAGAACGAUGAGGUGCGGGGCAGGGGACGGGCGGGGGACGAGGAGGAGGAAGGGGGGAAGAGGAAGAGGCAUGGGAGCGAGGAGAGGGGAGCGAGGGAGGGGUGUGAGUAUGAGAGGGGGGACGAGAAGCGGCACAAGGGGAGGGAUGGGAGCAGAGGCGAGGGAGUAGAAUGUGACAGGGAGAGAGGCAGCGACCAUCACCGUGAGUAUGAUCGCCAUAGCCAUAGCCACCGCCACCACAGCCGCAGCCACAUUUACAGAGACCACCGCAAAGAGCAGGCCGGGCAGCAGAGGCAGGGCAGUCGCAACCGAGGCCGGGGCGCAGGGCAGGAGAGCAGCAGCGCAGCAGGGCAGCAGCACCGUGUGUUCGUGGGCGACCUGGACCCCGCCACCUCCGCCGCCGAGCUCACGGAGGCGUUUUCACGGUUCGGAGCGGUGGUGCACGCGCGCAUGGUGGAGCUGCAGAGCUACGGGUUCGUGGGGUUCAAGCAGCGCGCCGAGGCCGAGGCUGCUAUUGCUGCAGGGGAGGACGGCCGCUCGACUAUCAUUGUCCGCGACCAGCGGGUGCGGGUUUCAUGGGCACACGGGUCUCUGCCAGAAUGGAAGAAGGGUGUGGGGGGAUUUUCCUUUGCGGAAGGUUCCUCAAAGCUGCAGAAUGGCCGCAUGAAGAUGCUGGCAGCUACAGCAGCAGCCAGCGCUACAGCCAUGGCAGUGCUGUCAGGUGCCGCCCCUGUCCCCAUGCUUGCGGGCCCUGCUCCUAUGGGUCACAUGGGCUUUCACCAUCAGUGUAGGAGUGCUCCUAUUUUCUUCAACGAUAUAUUCGUCUGGCAAAUUUCAGACGCCAUGGCUGACGAUAUCCCCCUGAAAGAUCAGCUAGAUAUUGUCAUCCCUACCAUUCGCAACCUCGAUUUCCUCGAGCAGUGGCGGCCGUUCUUCGAGCCAUACCAUCUCAUCAUAGUCCAGGAUGGAGAUCCAACCAAGGUCAUCAAGGUCCCUUCGGGUUUUGACUACGAGCUGUACAACAGAAAUGACAUCAACCGGAUCCUUGGCCCGAGAGCGUCGUGCAUCUCGUUCAAGGACAGUGCGUGUAGGUGCUUCGGCUACAUGGUGUCGAAGAAGAAGUACAUCUACACAAUCGACGACGACUGCUUUGUUGCUAAAGAUCCGUCAGGAAAGGAUAUCAACGCGCUUCAACAGCACAUUAAGAACCUGCUGAGCCCGUCCACUCCUUACUUCUUCAACACGCUGUACGAUCCGUACAGAGAGGGUGCUGACUUCGUCCGAGGCUACCCAUUCAGCCUUCGUGAAGGAGUGUCAACCGCCGUGUCACACGGGUUGUGGCUGAACAUCCCUGACUACGACGCACCUACGCAGCUCGUCAAGCCAAGCGAGAGAAACUCAAGAUACGUCGAUGCGGUGAUGACUAUCCCUAAGGGAACCCUCUUCCCUAUGUGCGGGAUGAAUCUGGCGUUCGACCGGGAGCUCAUUGGGCCAGCCAUGUACUUCGGGCUUAUGGGCGAUGGGCAGCCGAUUGGGCGUUACGAUGACAUGUGGGCGGGCUGGUGCAUUAAGACAGGAUUGCCAUACAUCUGGCACAGCAAAGCUAGCAAUCCGUUCGUCAACCUGAAGAAGGAGUACAAGGGUAUCUUCUGGCAGGAAGACAUCAUCCCCUUCUUCCAACAAGUGAAGCUGUCCAAGGAGGCAACAACGGUGGAGCAAUGCUAUCUGGAACUUGCUAAGCAAGUGAAAGACAAGCUCUCGUCGCUGGACCCGUACUUCUCCAAGCUAGGGGAUGCUAUGGUUACAUGGAUUGAGGCCUGGACCGAGUUGAACGCAAAGGCUCCUGCCUCCAGCGUUUCUCCUGCCAAAGCAAAGCAAACUGCCAAGUAG